AUGCUUUCGCAGCGGCGCAUUCGGCUUUUGGCCAUCGCCGUGGUGGUCAUAAUCAUCAUGACUUUCUACUAUUCGAGUGAAGCCCGGAGUGUUCAGAAUCAGCAAUUCUACCGAUCAACCGUGGCGGCGAUGGAGGCUCAAAAGCAGGCAAAGGAAGCGGGAACCGCAGCCAACAUCCCGCCACACAAGGACGAGCCCAAACAGAAUCCCAUCAAGGAAGAGACGAAGCCUGCCAUGGACAACGAUAAGGAAGAACCGGCCAUCCCCAAGGCCAACAACAAUGAUGCGGACGAUGUAGAAGAGAUCCCGAUCGCGGGCAGGACCAAGAUGACAGUACCCAAGAACCGAAACGAUCCGGAGAAAGAGACGUCGGAACAGCCGCAGGAACAGAAGCCGGAGACAGAUGAUCAUGCGGCUGCGGUGGCCGAGCUGAAUGGCAUAUUAAAGCGGGCACCAAUCAUUAUAUUUUCUAAGUCUUACUGCCCAUACAGCGCCAAGGCGAAGUCUAUCCUCUUGGACAAAUACUCAAUUGUUCCUGCACCUUUCGUGGUGGAGCUGGAUAAGCAUGAGUUGGGUCGGCCGCUGCAGGCGUUGCUGGGAGAGAAUACCGGGCGUCGCACUGUCCCGAAUGUGUUGGUCAACGGGAAAAGCAUUGGAGGAGGGGAUGAUGUGACGGCUCUGGACCAAAAGGACGAAUUGGCUUCAACAUUGAGAAGCUUGGGGGGUAAGUGGGUCCAGGAGGUCCAUCGUAAAGAGUGA